GUACUGCCAGAAAGACAGAAGAGCUGCAGCUGCAACAAGUCUCUGUGUUUCUGUCCUUAGAAAAAUUGGACUAUUCAGAAAGUCUUCGUCAACAACCCGCUAGAAUCUCUGCAAACACUGUGUGUAGCUAUGUCUACUGCCAGCUUUCUGCUAUCCGAAGAUCAGUUUCGGUGCUUCAUCUGUAUGGAUGUCUUUACUGAUCCUGUCAGCACAUCAUGUGGACACAACUUCUGCAAAAACUGUAUCACUAAUCACUGGAAUACUAAUGACCAUUACCAGUGUCCCAUGUGCAAAAAGACUUUUACCACAAGACCUGAGCUGCACGUUAACACUCUGUUCUCUGGGAUGGUCGCUCAGUUCAGACAGUCAGCUCAACAGAAAGCCAGCAGCAGCAGCUCACAGCAACAAGUGUCCAAACCAGGAGAAGUUCCCUGUGACAUCUGCACUGGAACCAAACUGAAGGCCCUGAAGUCCUGCCUGGUGUGUCUGGUCUCCUACUGUGAGACUCACCUGGAGCCUCAUGUGAAAAUGUCAGGUCUGAAAAGACAUCCGCUUAUCAACCCUGUGGAGAACCUGGAAGACAGGAUAUGCAAGAAGCAUGAUAAACCUCUGGAGCUGUUCUGCAAGACCGACCAGACAUGUGUCUGUACACUCUGCCCUGUUUCAGACCACAAGACACAUGAUGUUGUUCCUCUGAGGGAAGAAUAUAAAAACCAGAAGGCCGAGCUGGGGAAGACAGAGGCUGAAAUUCAGCAGAUGAUCCAGAAGAGACGACUGAAGAUUCAGGAGAUCAAACACUCAGUCGACCUCAGUGAGAAAGAUGCAGACAGGGUGAAAGCAGAAGGUGUUCAGGUCUUUACUGCUCUGAAGGAGUCUGUUGAGAGAGGCCAGGCUGAUCUCAUCAAAACAACAGAAGAGAAGAAGAGAAUGACACAGAAACAGGCUGAAGGCUUCAUCAAAGAGCUGGAACAGGAAAUCUCUGAGCUGAAGAAAAAAAGCACUGAGGUGAAGCAGCUCUCACGCACUGAAGACCACCUCCAACUUCUCCAGUGUAUCCAGUCCCUGAAAGCUGCUCGACUAUCCAAGGACUGGACAGGGGUCACCGUCUGUCCACCUUUAUAUGAGGGGACUGUGGUGAGAGCUGUGUCUCAGCUGGUGGAGACACUCAAUAUAGAGAUGAAGAGGCUGGUUGCUGAGCCUGAAAUGAAGAGGGUCCAGCAGUAUGCAGUGGAUGUGACUCUUGAUCCUGAAACAGCAAAUCCCUAUCUCAUCCUGUCUCAUGAUGGGAAACAAGUGAAACAUGGUGAUGUAAAGAAACAUCUCUCAGACAGCCCAAAGAGAUUUUCCCGUUAUAUUUGUGUCUUAGGAAAGCAGAGUUUCUCUUCAGGCAGAUCUUACUUUGAGGUUCAGGUUAAAGAAAAGACUGAAUGGGCUUUGGGAGUGGCCAGAGAGUCGAUCAACAGGAAGGGAGACGUCCCACUGACUCCCCAGGAUGGUUACUGGACUGUAUGGAUGAUAAAGGGAAAUGAGUACAUCGCUCUCGCCGUUCCUACAGUCCGUCUGUCUCUGAAGUCUCGUCCUCAGAAGGUGGGGGUGUUUGUGGAUUAUGAGGAGGGUGUGGUCUCCUUUUAUGACGUAGAUGCUGCAGCUCUUAUCUACUCCUUUACUGGCUGCUCCUUCACUGGGAAACUCUUCCCAUACUUUGGCCCCUGCGCUAAUAAUGGUGGUAAAAAUUCUGCAUCUCUGAUCAUCUUACCUGUCAAUUAA